AUGCCAGCGUUCCACCAACACCCUCGCAAGGAGUACUACGUCGAGCUAUGCUCUACCAGCGGGGAGUUUGUCGGGUUUCUAGAAGUUCAUCACACGUCGGAUGUGGAACGCUUCCUUGCGUAUGAGACAGUUGAGCUCGUUGCUGUGGUCAAAGGUUGGACGACGGACCUAGAUGAUUUUCUGCUGGCAUUUAAGGAGCCGGAGAAUCUGAGGGCCAUGCAAAGUACUGCUACGGCUCCUCCUCCAGGGUACACGUGGCCCAGUGACGAAGAUAAGACAAGGCACGAAUGCUAUUUUGUCCUCUAUGUGCAAUGGAAGAAUGGUAUUGCAGAGCGGCAGGCUUCUGGGAAAGUGUUUGCUAAAGCAUGGGAAAGACACGAGGAAGACGUGGACUUGGUGUUGGGAUAA